GUCAGCUGACAAUGACAGGGAAUGAAAAUAAACAAAUAGUAAAAACGCAAUUUCAUUGUUGAUGUUCCCAGAAGUGCAGAAUGAACUGAUUUGCACGUAAAACAUCACGGACGGGUGCAGAGUUGCGAGUUGGCCACCUUACAUGAGUCAGGGAAGUGCAGCACGCGGCAUUUUGCACAAAGAAAGCUGACAUAUUGUUGCGUCGUUAGACAAUGAGCAACGAGAGUGCCGAACUGACGAAGUCAUGGUGCCUUGUGGACUCCUCAGGAGUGCAGGAAGUUACCGAGAAUGAAACGCACGAUUCCGACACAGACAGUAUUAGCGUUAUCAGUGAAAGUGGCUGUUCGUACAGGACAGACGAGGAUGAAGUAGCAACCCCUUUUGAAGAACCCCAAUUAAGCGAGGAAGCUCCAGUUGGUGAGCCUGAAAUUGUGGAAGAACCACCGCCGCUAGACGAGGUCAAAAGCAUCGAAAAAUUCCUCUAUCUCGCCACGAGCGCCUUUUGCGCUGUUAUAAUAAUCGGGUUCUCGGUUGCGGUGCAACAAUACCUUUACAAUUCUUCUGAUGUAGAUAAUUAUGAACCGGAUUUCGCGUUCCCUCGUGUACAAAAUAUCAAAACAGACCCUCCAAAAAAGUACCCCCCGAAGCGGAAAAGUCACAUCAAACUAGACGAAUUAGAAAAUAAGUUUGCUAAAUUAGAAGUAGACAACGAAAGGCAUGACAAGAUCGCACCGGCUGGUGGAGACAAUGACCCCCGAGCCGAGGGAAAUCUCAAAUCUAAUUAUAAACUUAACAAAAAUAAAAGCCCAGUCAAAUGUAACAAAGAAAAUUGCGACGCAGUACGAAACGACCAAGAAAAUCGAAAUGACGAGACCUACGACAAAAAAAUCAAGGAACUGAAAGUGAAGGAGGAUUAUCUCAGAGAGAAGGAAAAGUUUCUCAUUGAGAAAGAACACGACUUGUUGAAGAAGGAGAUCAAGCUUAACAGGGAGAAGGAGAGCUACGACAAUACCAAAAAUGACAAGAAAAGACAUUAUAAGGAGGAUGAUGCUAAAAAGCCCAAAGACCGCAAGAAGAAACAAAAACUGGCCGAGGAGCCGUAUAGAAAACGCAACCUUUCGGGCCAGUGGUAUAUAAGCAUGCACGAAGCUAGGGACAACAUGCGGCAGAAAAAACGGUCGCUGUUUAAAAAAAACAAGGCUCAUUGGUACUUCCAGUGGAUGGUGGAUAGAGCAAGGCUUCGCGUCAAGUGAACUAUUUUUCUAAAUUGUCACUCUGCAUUUUAUUUGACAUUUCGUUUGAGUAUUAUUGUUUUUAUGUACUUUUUAUUUCGUAAUUGUGAAUUUUUUCGAUUAUUUUAAUAAAGACUCACUUAUU